AUGGAAGUAUUGGAUGAUGAAGUACUCGUAGAAUCCGACAAUGAGAACUUGAUGGACAAUGUAAUCAUGUUGGAAGAUGAUAAUGUUGGAGGGGAUGCUACAAUUGUGCCGGAGGUGGGUAUGAAAUUCAAUGAUGAGAAAGAGUUGUUUGAAUUCUACAAAAAAUAUGCGUACGAAGUAGCUUUUCCUGUACGAAGAAGAAAUUCCAGAAAGUGCAAUGAUGUAGUGACGUACGUCGCAUUGACUUGUAGUCGUGAGGGACAACAACGCUACCAAAAAGGCGCUUCUUUGAAGCCACAACCAACAAUUCAAAUGGGUUGCAAAGCGAGGAUAACUGCUUCCUUAGAUGUUCGUGGAAUAUGGAGAAUUUGCACGGUUGACCUCGAACAUAAUCAUAAAAUAAGUCUGUCGAAGUCGAGGUUGUAUCGAUGCAACCGUGAAUUGAGUGAACAUGUAAAACGAAGGUUAGAAGUGAAUGAUAUGGCUAGAAUUCCUUUGCAUAAGAGUUACAAUUCUGCAGUGGCUGAAGCUGGUGGGUAUGAGAAUAUGACUUGCAUUGAAAAGGAUUGUCGAAAUUAUGUGGAAAAAGUGAGGCGAUUAAGACUAGGCGAAGGAGAUGCCAUGUCACUGCUUAAGAAUCUUUUCUGGGCCGAUAAUAGAUCUAGGCAAGCAUAUAAGGAAUUUGGUGAUGUAGUGACAUUCGAUACCACUUACCUAACUAAUAAAUAUGACAUGCCUUUUGCUCCUUUUGUUGGAGUAAAUCAUCAUGGACAGUCGAUACUGCUUGGAUGUGGGUUGCUGUCAAAUGAGGAUACAGAUACAUUUGUUUGGUUGUUCAAAACAUGGAUGUUGUGCAUGCACAGUAAAGCUCCUAACGAAAUUAUUACCGAUCAAGACAGGGCUAUGCAGAAUGCAAUUAAAAUUGUGUUUCCAAAUACAAGAGUAGUGUAUGACUUACAGUAUGUUGAAGAGUUUGAAAGAGGUUGGGAAUUGAUGAUUGAUACGUAUAACUUGUACGACAAUGAAUGGUUGUCUGGUGUGGAAAUGGAUGGUGAAAGACGUGGUACUACUGCAAUUGUGAUGAGUUAUAGUACAUUAUAUGCAGAAAUGUACGAUGAAUUACAAAACAUGCUCAGCGUCGAUCCUUCUCGGAGAGCUGUAGAGGCUUACAAUUUUGAAGAGUUUGAUAUGUUCAUGGUUGAAAUAGAAAGUAAAUCAAAUGCUGCAUGA